AUGGCUAAGUCUAAGAACCAUACCGCUCACAACCAAACCAAAAAGGCUCACAGAAACGGUAUCAAGAAGCCAAAGACCUACAAGUACCCAUCCUUGAAGGGUGUCGAUGCCAAGUUCAGAAGAAACCAUAGAUUCGCUUUGCACGGUACUGCCAAGGCUUUGGCUGCUAAGCGUGCUGAAAAGAAAUAA